GGACGCACAUCCGGGGAAGGGAUAGUGGGGACACGAUUAACAGUACAACAGCUCCACUGUGCAUGUGUGUAAGUCAGGUAGGCAAAGUAUAAAGUGGACUGUUCACGAAACAACCAGACGCAUUCAUGGAUUUUGUCCAGCUAUGGGCGUUCCUCGUGGUCAUCUCGACCCUUACCGUCUGGGAAAUCCAUGCCAUAUCAAGACGACAGAAAAGAGACGAUGUGCUAUUUCGUCGCCUGGAAUCUUUAUCAAGCCGCGUUGAGAACAUCGAAGCGGACCUCCGCCAAGAACAGCGUAAAAGCCGAUCCUUAGAAGCAGAAUUAAACGAGCUUAAGAAGAGAAUAACUACGAUUGAGGAGAAACCGAAAGGCCGUGGAGAGGUCGGAGAAUUGCCAGAAGCUGCCGUAAAGACGCUGUCCGAUCUCGCGAGAAAAACGUUCCAGGUCGACCUUGACGUGCUAAAAUCGGGCAUGAUAGCGGGGAAGCAGAGAGCCGUCCAAACAGACAAAGCUGUUGAAUUCUGUAAACUGUCUCUCAACAGGCAAUCCUCUCGUUUGGACGAUAUUGACCGAAACGUGAGUGAACUUGACGGUCGUCUGAGGAAUCUCAGUACAACCGUCACGGCCGUGAACAGAAGCUGUAGUCAGUGCUCUGCGCGUGCGUCAGACAAAGGAAGCGAGAUUAUAUCAGGAAAAUGCCCACUGUUUGAGCGGAUAGUAAUAAGCAGAAAAACACUAAGCAGCGUCGAUUUGUUGCAGCUUCUACAACCGGUGUGUGAAAAGCAAAACUUCGUGUAUGCGUUCUAUGUUACUGUACAGAAGAUCAUGGAGCUACCGAACUCGGAAUCUCGCACAGCAGAGAUAACAAUUGGCGCUGGGACUAAAAUAGGUGAUCGACAGAUUCAUCACAAUACUCGUGCCGUUGUAAGCUUAUCACGUGACUGUCCUUGGCCAGAUGUACAGGAGAGCAAGCACUACCUGAUUCUUACCGACCAAGCCCUGAUUGCACAUGGUCUAAGGCGCAGUUUAUCUUUGAAGAACUCGGUUAUUUUUAAUUUUAACUAUGAAGGACCGCCGGACAUCAAUCAUCUUCUGAAUAGAUACAUCAGAUUUCUGCUCUAUAGUUUACGGAAGGAGAACUGGAGGCGGUUGUGCAGAGCGCAAAAAUGAACAGGUUGAGAUAAUGAGCAGCUCUGCAUGGGGCGAAAAUGAAUAGCUUCAGAUAAUGCGCAAAUACGUUUAUUACACGUUGAAUUUAUGAACAGUUUCUAGCCUUAACACGAUUUCUUUAUUCGCGGAUUGCCGAACGUGAGAUGGUCAUGGGUUUCCCCCGGGCUAUGCCCGGUUUCCUCCCAUCAUAAUGCUGGCCACCAUCGUAUAAGUGAAACAUUCUUGAGUCCGAUCAAAUAAAUAAAUAAAUCAUU